UCUCCUACGACUAGAGAGAUACUAUUAAAUAUGUCUACUAUAACCUCGUAUAAGGAGCCUAGGUAUAAGUCAUUGGAGUCGACGGCAACGUGUGCGGUCACCAUAGUUUGCUUCGCGUUGGUUGUGAUCUCCAUCCGCAUCGAACACCUCAUUCAUCACGCUGAACUGUGGUUAAAGAAAAUGAGAAGUUUACCGAUAUGUGAAGCUCUAGAGAAGAUCAAAGCAGAGCUUAUGUUGCUUGGGUUCAUAUCGUUACUACUGGCAAUGACACAAGACAAACUUUCUUAUAUUUGUGUCCCAAAAAGUGUUGCAAAUUCUUGGCAUCCUUGCAGGAAGACACACGACAGAAAAUUUAACUAUGAUCCAUGUCGCGCUAAGGGCAAGGAACAACUUGUUUCAAAAGAUGGGGUCCUGGAACUCCGUAUCCUCGUUUUUGUACUCGCACUUGUUCGUGUAGUCUACUGUGUCGUCACUUACGCCUUCGGAAAACUAAAGAUGAGGCAAGUUUUGGACUUUAAGAGCAAUGAAACCAUCCCGCAGUUCCUUCAAGGUCUGAUCGUAAGUGUGAUCAGCUUGAUCACGCCUCCGAUUGGACUCGUCGAGCCUCGAGAACAAAUCGCCCAUGGCCUUGCGAAUUGUCUCCUCCAUCCGCAGCAGAUCUGCCGAUUGAGAUUGGAGCGACAUCUUCAAAGUCAGAUAGCGAGUGCCAUCAGAUUCCUGCAUCAUGGUUCGGUGUUGUCCUGUUACUCCUCACCAACACCAAUGGGCUUUUGGAUGCCAUUCAUCUCUCUAAUUAUAAUACUGUUAGUAGGAGCGAAAUUGCAAGUGAUCAUCACAAAAAUGGGAACAAGGAUUCUUGAGAAAGGACAUGUGGUGCAAGGCAACCUUUUAGUUCGUCCCACCAAAGAUCUUUUCUGGUUCCGUCGCCCUCAACUUCUCCUUUUCCUCAUCCACUUUGUUCUUUUUGAGAAUGCAUUUCAGAUUGCUCUACUGGCUUGGAGUUGGUAUAAAUUGGGAUAUCCAUCUUGCUUCCAUGAGAAUCUUGAGGAUUUGAUCAUACCUAGUGUGAUGGGUGUUGUGAUACAAGUUUUGUGCAGCUAUGUCACACUUCCUCAUAAUUCGAAAAAUCAUCAAAGCUAGGGAAAUAAUAUUGAGAAGGGUUAACAUUUUGGGAAGGGUUGAAGUUUUGGGAAGGGUUAAAGUUUUGGGAAUCGGAGAAUAUAUUAUUCUCAUCAUCCUCCAUAGCUAGCAACAAGGGAAACUAAAAAAUAUGAAAUUCUAUUAAACAAUAAGGAUUAUAGGAGGAGAAAAGAUGAUUUUUUUGUGUGCAAAACUAUAGCAAAUGUGGUCUCUAUUUAUAGAGGAAGAAAAAAUACGAAUUUUGGUAUAAUUUUUAUAAUUUUUUAAUAUAAUAUAUUAAAGAUAUAUUAAUUAUUAAAAAUAAUAAUAUCAGCCAAUGAAAUUGUGUCAUUUGACACAAUCUCAUUGGCUGAGUGGUGAAAGGGGAGGAGAGACCGACGGGUCUGUUUGAAGAGAGAGGGGGACUUGGGUCAGAGAGAGACCCAUGUAUUGCAUUUAUUUUUUUAAUUAAUUUUCUGACAUGGCGGUCGACCUCAAAUGCCGAUAAACAUGGUCUUAGUAUCUCAGAUGGGAUCAAAUAUGAAGCCAAUCAUUUUCAGUGAUGACGUGGCAUCGGGCUGUGCAACUGGCAGGAGGCCGCCAAGAACCAAGCAAAGGAAGGGCAGCCGCCAGUCAACAGAGAGUCGAACGGGGAGACGCAUGGUGGCGGGGAGAGGCAAGCGGCCUCUCCCUACCGCCAUGAGAAAAAAAAAGAGACUUCAGUUAUUGAGAUGGAAAGGGA